AUGCACUCGAUCAAAAGCGUGGCUGUCAUCGGCGCUGGACCCGCUGGGGCAAUCGCAGUAGAUGCAUUGAUGCAAGAAGGAGUCUUUGACACGGUUCGCGUUUUCGAGCGACAAGAGAAAGCCGGAGGUUGCUGGGUCUCACGGGAUGAUCCUCCUCCGACAGAGUUUGAUCUGGAUGCAUUGGCUGCACGUACAGCCGAUGCACCGCUCCCGAUCCCUGAUCGUCUGCCUUGCUGGGCUCCCAUCACCGCACAGGAUCGGUUCACGGACUCGCCCGUGUACCCGGGACUAGAGACAAACGUGGAUGUGAGUGCCAUGUGCUACUCGCAAGAGCCGAUCCCCACGGUCCGGUCCCAGUGGUCCAUCGAGCGACAUGGAGACGAUACGCCGUUUCGGCAUCACUCGGUGAUCAGGCAGUACGUUGAAGAUCUCUUUACUGCCAAGGGAUAUGAGAGACUGAUUGAAUACAACACCACCGUGGAACGUGCGGUCAAGAGUCCGACUGAUCAAAAGUGGAUUCUGACUCUACGACGCACGGGGAUGCGUGAGGGAGGAACGUGCGCGGAUUUCUGGUGGUCGGAGGCCUUUGAUGCGCUGGUUGUGGCUUCGGGACAUUAUGCGGUUCCUUAUAUUCCUGCCAUUCCUGGUCUGGUGGAAUUUGCAAAGAAUCACCCGGGCAGUGUCGAACAUACAAAACACUUUCGUGGACCAGAAAAGUAUCGAAAUCAGAAAGUCAUCACGGUGGGAGCCUCAGUGUCGGCCGCAGACACGGCUGUCAAUCUCCUCGACAGCGCUCAAGAUCCCAUUCAUGCCGUCGUGCGCGGUCGAUACAACGCAUACUUUGGCGACGACGCCUUCAAACACCCCAAGAUUCGCCGUCGAGCCCCCAUCUCCCACAUCGAAAGCGACUCCCGGACCGUCCACUUUGAAGACGGCACCUGGGAAUCCGACGUCGAUCGCAUCAUCUUCGGGACCGGCUUUACGUGGACGAUCCCCUUCCUACCUCAGGUCGAGGCUCGGAACAAUCGCAUCCCGAAUCUCUAUCAGCAUGUCUUUUAUCGACUGGAUCCAACUCUGGUUUUUGUGGGAGCUGUCGGUGCUGGUCUCACCUUCAAAGUCUUUGAAUGGCAGGCUGUCGCUGGAGCACGAGUCCUGGCGGGUCGUGCCAGCCUUCCCAGUCUCGAAGCGCAGGAAAGAUGGGAACGGGAUCGUGUGGCCCUGAAGGGAGACGGGCCCGGGUUCACAGUGAUCAAUCCCGACUUUGAGUCUUAUUUUGAGGGUCUACGAGAACUUGCGGGAGAACCGAGCCAAGGUGUACCCGGUCGAGUUCUGCCCCCGUUUGACCAGACGUGGGUUGAGGAUUUCAAUGCAGGGCAUGAGCGUCGAAAGCAAAUGUGGAGGAGGUCAAAUGCCGCGGCGGGCGCAAAGUUGUGA